AUGUUGGAGGAGGAGAAAGGAGGGGCAGAAUACAGAGACUUCCAGCUGGGGAAGGACAUUGUGGAGAACAUCACAGACAGCCUCUACUGGAGCCGCCACACCCUCUGUCUGGUCAGCCGCCACUACCUUCACAGUAACUGGUGCUCCCUGGAGUUGAAGCUGGCCACCGCCAGACUGCAGGUGGAGCAAAGAGACAUCCUCCUCCUGGUCUUCCUGGAGAAGAUCCCCCCUCGCUGGCUCUCAGCCCACCACAGACUGGCUCGUCUGGUGAAGACCAGGACCUAUCUGGACUGGCCUCAGGACCCCCAUCAGCACCAGGCAUUCUGGGACAGACUGUGGGAGAAACUGAAACCUCUGACUGAUGUUUGAAAUUAAAGUAUAAUGUAAAUGCUAAGACUAAUAAUGUUGGAAGGCAUAUUGAGUUA